AUGAUAUUGUCCGGAGUGGCGAAUGAUUUGCUUUCAUCCAAGUGUAAAACGUAUUACCUUUGCUCGACAGAUGAUGACACAGUGAUGGCUGAUGCAGAACCGCAUCAUAUCAGUGAAGAUGUCUUGGCCGAGCUCAGCGAACGCGUAAGAGGGCUCAAACGCACCUCUGCAGAGAUCUCAA